AAUGGUGUAAAAUUGGAAACAGAAACAAUAACGUAUUUUAGUCACCAAAGCAGAUGUAACGAAGCUUGAAAGUACACAAAGAUGCCGAUAAGACAAAGGAAGAUAGCCCUUAUGGGCUUCCGAUCUGUCGGAAAAUCCUCUGUCACCAUACAGUAUGUUGAGAAUCACUUUGUGGACUCGUAUGACCCGACCAUAGAAAACACUUUUCAGAAAAACCAUAAGAUCAAUGGGCAGGAUUACGUACUAGACGUUGUAGAUACAGCUGGCCAGGAUGAAUAUUCUAUUCUACCUCAGACCUAUUUCAUGAGUGUAGACGGUUAUAUACUGGUAUACUCUGUCAACUCACGGAAAAGCUUUGAUGUUGUCAAGAUAAUUCAUGACAAACUGUUGGACAUGAAAGGCAAUAUAAAGGUGCCGGUUAUACUGGUAGGGAACAAGAGGGACGUGGCUGAGCAGUUCCCCGGUGAGAGGGAGGUAUCAGAAGACGAAGCUAAAGGACUUGCCAGGAAGUGGGAGGUUCCGUUUAUGGAGACGUCGGCCAAGGAACACGAGAGUGUGAAAGAAGUUUUUUCCAAAAUCAUAUUGGCAAUUGAGCGCCUGCAAGGGAACGAGCCGGAGAAAUCCUCGUGUCUACUGUCCUAGUGAUCGUAUAGAGAAACCAAUGUAUAGAUAUAGAUAUAUAUAUAUAUAUAUAUAUAUCAGACAGGACCAUACGACACACCUGUCCACACCUGGGUAGGAAACUAAUUUGGGUAUCAUUUGCCUUGCCAACAGGUGAAUUUUGUCUCGUUAGUUUUUGUUUUAUUGAUGAUGACUUUAAAUUUGGGGUUUUGUUGAGUUUCACUAUUCAUUUACAUUCAAUUAUUUGUUGUUGUGAAGUAGGAUUUAGUUACAUAAGGUUUGAUAAGCAUUGUUUACAUUUCAUGCUGAAUGCAAAUCAGAUACAUACAUAUAGCAGGCUUCCUGGUAGAUAUGUAUGUAAUAGAUUUGUGUUCAUACCGCGGACAUUGAGAAAAUGUGUUCAAUCCUUAUAUUUAUACAGCUUUUCAUAGGACAAUGAAAUAAUAUUUAUAGGCUUUUCUACUGAACUGAUAUAAGUAUAGGUUGGCUUAUUACCAGACUUGGGAUUUGUUUAAAGUUAAAUUUUAAUUAUGAAAGACUGAUGCUAUAUGGAAAAAAGAUAAUAGUUGUUUUUAUUUUUAUCAUUCUGGCACCUUUCACUUUUCAUUUCUCUGGCGGUAUCUAUAGAAAGUUCAGAACUUGUUCGAUUCUGGAAACAUAACUGAAAGGCUUUGUAUUUUUCAAGAAAAGAAUUUUGCCAAAAAUUCAGCAUAUUAAACCCAUCAUACAUUAUUGAAAGUCUCUUGUGGAUUAGCCCUUUCACCCCUAUGUAACUUUAGUAGACUCUACCAUGCAUUGAUAUGGAUGAGUCCAUUAUGGUCUACAGUGGUGAACAGUUAGACACACACAGUUCAAGCUGAAUUUUUAUUCACAUUUCAAGAACAAUAUCAAUAACAAGAGAUAUCUUAAUAAUGUUCCUGGUGUAAUAUUUGUUUCGAUUAUUUACAAAAUAAGUAAUGUACUAACUCAUUCACCCUUGAAGACUAUUUGAACUCUUCCAAUUCAAAGGUUGGAAGAGUUCAUUAUGAAAUUGCAGGGCUGAAUGAGUUAAUAGGUUUAUGAUAAAAAUAGUAGCACUUAUGUGAUUGUACUGGAUUAAUUAUCAAAGUGAUUGAGCCGAAUUGUACCACCAGCAAUGAUUAUCAGAAUAUAUUUAGAAUUGUAUUGUGGGAGCAUCUGUUGUCCUUAAAUAUACUGUUGUUCCAGCAGGCCUCAUACCUCGUGUUAACUACAUGAAACAAACUGUAACUGACAGUUCAAAGACCCAAAACCUGUUGGCAGGACGAUGAACAAGGUUUUUAUAGUAUGGACAAGGUUGUAGCAUGUCAUUGAUCCUGUUAAAACCUCACAAUUUCAUUAUCAGUCUUCUUAAUACAAGUUUUCCAUCUGGUCAGACUAUAUGAAAUUGAUAUGAAAUAAUAUGUAAAUAUUCAAACAACAUCAAAUUUGCCCAUUGUGGUGUAUAUACAUGUAAUU